AUGAACUCUCAAUCGAGGACCAACGAUAGGCCCGAGAUCCAGUCCAGGAAUGAGGAGGUCGAGACUCGCCCAGAUGUCGCUGGUAGCCCCGAAGAGAUCCCUGAGCCAGUAAUCAAGAAUGGGGUUGUCGUCAGUUCGGCGACCAAGCCCGAGGCCAAGAGUGUCUGGCUCGCCUGGCUCUACAUCUUCAAUUGGUACCCUGGUCAUUACAGCAAGGAGGAGAAGCGACUUCUCAGAAAGCUAGAUCGUACCAUUCUGCCCCUGAUUUGUUCUAUGUACUUCAUCAAGUGGCUUGACCAGUCCAAUAUUAACAAUGCUUAUAACUCGGGUAUGAAAGAAGAGCUUAAUCUCAAAGGGAUCGAGUACAACUUAUUCUCUACCUUCUAUAACAUAGGCUACCUGGUGAUGGAGAUUCCCUGCAUGCUGCUCAUUUCUCGUCCCAAAUACGCUCGUUGGGUUCUGCCCAUCUGCGAAACUCUCUGGUCCAUUAUUACCUUCAUUCAGUGCCGGAAUAAGAGCGCACCGAUGAUCUAUGGCAUGCGAUUCCUUAUGGGGCUGUUCGAAACUCCUGCUGCUACUGGCUCUUUAUACGUUCUUUCAUCCUGGUAUCGGUCUGAUGAGGUGUUCAAACGUGCUGGAGUCUGGUAUGUUUCGAGCAAUAUCGGUGCCAUGUUUGGUGGCUACAUGCAAGCUGCCGCUCAUGCCGGUCUCGACGGGAAGGGAGGCAUGGCGGGCUGGCGCUGGGUCUUUAUCAUUGAUGGCAUAAUUUCCCUACCUAUUGCUAUUGCCGGCUUUUUUCUCUAUCCAGGUGUGCCUACUAGUCCUCGUGUCUGGUGGCUCAGUGAAGACGACCAAAAGCUUGCUCAAGCACGUAUGCAAGACGAUGGGAUGAGGAAGAGCAAGAAGAUUGGCAAGAAGAUGCUGAAGCGUGUCUUCCGUAAGUGGCACUUUUACAUCGCUGUCGGCACCUAUGUCUGCUUUCAACUGACUACUUGGGUUGCCGGCCAGAUGAUUGUCUGGGUAAAGUCUACUGGCCAGUACUCUGUGGAGAUGAUUAACGUCCUACCAACUGGAGUCCAAGCACUGGCCAUUGUGGUUGGUAUCACUGUACCUUCGUUUGUUAUGGUAUAUCCGAUUUGGGUGCCUUUUUGUUUCGCAGGAACUGUCCUUCUCUUCUGCCACUCGACCCUUUUAGUUUGGAACAUUCCUCUCGGUUUACAUUUUGCUGCAUAUUUCCUCCUUGGCAUGAGUUCUUGCAUUACCCCCAUGCUUUUCCCCUGGGUGCAUCUAAUCAUGAAGGACGACAAUGAAGCAAGGAGCUUUACUACUGGUGCCAUGAUGACUGUCGGCUGGGCCUUCUUCACCUGGUAUAACGUUGUCGCGUUCCCCAUCACCCAAGGUCAAUUUCUCUGGAGACGGGAUAUCAAAGCUGGCCUGUAUAAGAGGGCUAUUGAAGAAGAGGAGAAUGAAGAGGCAGAGAAUGAGAAGCUUGGGUCAGACAGUUUGGAUGAUAAGGCUACUAAUCAACAUGUUGGACAGGCUCACGUUGAGGACAAGAACGCCGAGGAUGAGAGGAUCAAGGAGAUAAAGUAA